UCUGUUUUAUAAAAUGUAUUUUCAUCUAUAGAGCAUGCAAAGCUCAUAUAAAUAGUGCAACAGAGACGGUAGAAACAGAGACACCGCUCCACAACUCCUCGAUAAGGCAAAGCACAGAAAAGAUCAGACCGACCCGGAAGAAGCAAACAGUGGCUUUCUCUUCUCCUGGAUCUAUGGGGAUGGAAGUUAUUGAUAUUUGUAUGGACAAAGAGCUUGAUAGCGUUGUGAACGUUCAGGAUGUUAUUUCACAGGAUCUAAGUAGUAAUCAAGAUGUCGAUCAUGAGCAUGCUAGUGUGGAAGGAGAAACCAGUAUGCCGGAAGAGAAUUCUGAAGGAAAGGAGUAUGAAGUGAAGGAGUGCACUGCUGAAACAUCAAUUCCGAUUUCUAGACCUCCUGAAGAUGAUAAGUUUAAGGAACAUGAUGAGCCGAGCUCGAAAUCUGAGAUUAUGUUGCCCGAGAAGGAUAUUGACUCUGAAGUUUCAAAAGCAGCCGAUAUUAACCCAAAAUCAGGAGCUUCUGUAAAAACUGCAACCAAAUCGGUUGCUGGAAACUGCAAAACAAAGUUCACAGUUCCUCAGCCGUUUGCUCUGGCAACUGAAAAACGUGCUUCUAAUGGAAACCGUCUUGUUGGGAAUGAUGUGGAUAACAUCACACCUGUGAAUAAGCCAUCUCAAACAAACACCUUGCAACACCCAACCGGUACCAAACAAAAUCAGUUAGUCUUACCCGUGGCAACAAGAAAGCCACUGCAACCUGAUAACAAGAAGCAUCCCGAUGAUGAAGAUUCAUGCUCAAUUACUUCUUUUACUGCAUCGGGAAGAAAACCUAGGGCAACUGUUGCAUCAGCUCCAGUAUUUAGAUGCACCAAACGUGCAGAGAGAAGGAAGGAGUUUUACUCGAAGUUGGAGGAGAAACAUCAAGCUCUGGAGGCUGAGAAAAGUGAAUCGGAGGCAAGAACAAAGGAAGAGACUGAAGUAGCUAUAAAGCAACUGAGGAAGAGUUUAUUAUUUAAAGCAAACCCGAUGCCAAGCUUCUACCAUGAUGGACCACCGGCCAAGAUUGAACUAAAGAAGGCCCCACCAACUCGUGCAAAAUCACCAAAGUUGGGAAGAAGAAAGAGCUGCAGUGAUGCAGCUGGUUCAGACAAAGGGACAGGAGACAGCGGCCAAGCAAAUCGUCACAGUCUUGGCGUUUAUAGGGACAGUACCAUGUUCGCUUCAAAGAGUAGAAAACACUGUGCCGAUGUCCAAAAUGGCACUGAAACUUUCGAACUAGAAGAUGAUCCCAACCACAACAAAGCGGACACAACCGAGUCCGUUGUGUCUGAGAGACAUCAAGAGAUAAAUGUUGGCAUUGCUGUUCAUUCUUGAUUCAUCAGUGAGUUUUUCUCCUAAUUUAAUAAGUGGAAAGCCUCUCUCCUUUCAUCUGUUUCUCUUCUUGUGGUGCUUUUGGUUGCUGUAUCAAGCUCUUGACCCCUCUGCAGUGGUCUGUUUAUGUUAAUUUAUGGAAGUGUAAAUUUUCUCCUUUAAGUUAUAUGCCCAUCCAUAUAUAUUGUGUGAAGAAGAACUCAACCUCACCAUGUUGUAAUUACAUUCAUUUCUAUGUAAAAAAAAAAAAAAAAAAAAAAAAAAAAAAAAAAAAAAAAAAAGAAACUUGCUACACCUGCUGUAAUGUAGUCUUAUGUAUGUAUGUAAUUUAUUUUGACUCUCCCAUACUCGAGAAUAAAGUGACAUUUUUCGGUAUUCGCUCCA